UUGGCACUCAUCAGAAAUGGUCACGCUAUUGCAUAGGUUAGUUUAUAUUCAUAAGUUGAUUGAUCCUUUAAGUGGUUUCUAUUUGUGAACAAACAUCCCUCAAAUCCAUAUUUAAUCCCCAUAUGUUCACGUAACCCUUGUGUCCAAACUUUAAUCCUUCACAGAGAUUAAAGUUUAAUGCAUUUACUUCAGCUCAUGGCUAAUCAAAGUUGCUUAAAAUAAUGUAAAACGAGUAGGUCGAGGUGUUUUAUCAGUCUCUGAGUAGCUCUGCUAUUGGAGCUUUAAGGUUCCUUUGUUCAGAGUCUCCAAGCAACAACAACAAACAUCAGAAGGAACACAGUGAACUGAGAGAUUAUGGAGACAUCAGAUGAGCGAGUGAAUGAAAGUCUGCCGGGGACAGGCCUGCAGAAGAGUUCUAAGUCUAUGGAACAUGAGAAGCCGCUGUUUGAGAGCGCGGGCACAAGCAGGACCACCACUAGAGGCAGCCUUCGCUUCGGGACCCUCAGCCAUCACUCCUUCUUCUCCAGACACAAUCCUCAUCCACACAGAGUCAGGCAUUUGCAAGGGUUGAAUGGCAAGCCGGUUUGCAUGGUGAAUGAUGACUGGUACGGUUUCACCCCUCUCUGUCCGCAUCCACUCAUUAAAAGUCAAGUGUCUGUGAGUCGUUCAGCGGCGUUUCUCACACCUGAGAUCGGCUCAGGUCGCUCUGGAGCGCGAGCAGCACUUAUUUCUGAAAGCUGGCGUGAGGAACUGAAGGAUUUGGCCACUAAAGUCAGUCUUUCAGCAGCUGCUGAGACCCACCAUGACAAGAGAGAGAAACUCCGUGAUGAGGAAGCUCCUCGCAGGAAGACGCAGUAUUCGGCUCAGUCCGGCCGGAUCAUCCCCGCCUCGUCCUGGGGAGGGAAGAAACGCAGCAGCCGGACGUCACACAAACGCCUGGGGAUGCAGCGAUGGCAGGCGCAGACGCUGGAAGGAGUGGAGCUCAAGGUGCUGGAGCUCUUGUGUCAGAUACUGCAGACUGAUUCUCUCUCCAUGGUUCAGCAGUGGCUUUUGCUGGCGAGUGACAAAGAGAAAGAGCUGGUUCAGGGGUUACUCCAGCAAGCCAUGGCCGACUCGAGCUCUCUGACCCAGCAGACGUCUGGAUCCCCACUGCUGCCCUUGACGUCUGAAGCUCUGCCGGAUCACAUGUUCCUCAGCUCGUCCAUCAGCCAGAGAAAGACCAGGUGAGUGUUUCUAGCAGGGUUUAGUGAUGCUGUCUUACUAUUUUUGGUAACACUGUUCAUUCAUAUUGAAUAACUAGGAACGCAUGAGUAAUGCAAUGUUAACAUUCUACACUGCAAAACAUGUUUUUCUUACUUGGUAUUUUUGUCUUGUUUUUCCAGUAGCACUUUAUUUAGUUUACUUGCGCACAAAAGUACUGAGUAGUGUAAGGUAACUACAUGAGUUAAGUUACGGUUUAGGGGCAGGUUCAGGGUUAGUACCUAGUUAGUGUCAUUAUUACUACAAUAAGUACAUAGUAUGUUCAUGCGAAUCAGGACUGUAAAAUAAAGUGUACUUAUUACAAUGUAUAAUGUACUUAUUGCAGUAAUUAUAAUAACUGGGUAAUAACUAGGUAGUAAUCUUGAACCUACCCCUAAACCUAACCUUAACUCCUGUAUUUGCCAGUAUUUGCUUAGGUAAGUACACUGUAAGUACAGGUACUGUGAAAUAAAAUGCAACCUGUUUUCCAGUACAAAUAUCUAAACUUUCUUAAAGCUGCUGUCCGUAACUUUUUUUUGGUUAAAAAUUAUCCAAAAUUAUUUUUUGAGCAAGUACAUAACCAGCCAGUUUUCAAAACUA